AUGCAAGUUCUAGCAUUGUUCUUCGUCUUCUCGGCCCAGGCGGCAUCUGCAGUGGCUGGCCGCAAUACUCUGGCACCUCUACUCAAAUCUGGCGGUCAAACUGUUCCUGGCAGCUACAUUGUGAAGCUCAAAGACGGCGUGUUGACCACACAGACCGAUGUGCAGUUGAGCUCCUUCACGGAGCGCGCGGAUCACGUUUACACGCACGCCUUCCACGGCUUCGCAACCAAGCUAGACGACGAAAGCCUCGUGGCGCUGCGUCGCCGGUCAGAUGUUGAGUACAUCGAGCACGAUGGCAUUGCAAGCGUCAACGGCUACAUUGAGCAGCCCAAUGCGCCAUGGGGUCUUGUUCGCAUCUCGCACCGACAGCGGGUCGGCACGAGCUACGUGUACGAUGACAGCGCCGGUCUAGGAACGUGCGCAUACAUCAUCGACACGGGCGUUGACGUCACUCAUCCGGAAUUUGGGAACCGUGCUCAGGUUCUCAAGUCGUUUGUCAACGACACCACGGAUGGCAACGGUCACGGCACGCACCUCGCCGGCAUAAUUGGCAGCAAGACCUAUGGCGUCGCGAAGAAAACAAGAAUCUACGGGGUCAAGGUCCUUGAUAACAGUGGCAGCGGGACCUACUCUAACAUUAUUGCCGGCAUGGACUUUGUAGCCAAGGACUGGAAGACGAGAAACUGCCCCAAAGGUGCCAUGGCCAACUUGAGCUUAGGCGGCAGUUUCUCCGCCGCCGUCAACAACGCCGCUGCGUCCCUCGUAAAGGCAGGGGUCUUCACUUCCGUGGCUGCAGGUGGCGACAACUCGGAUGCGUCGAGAAACUCGCCGGCUUCGGAGCCGACGGUGUGCACGGUCGGAGGGACGACCCGCUCGGACACCCGGCUGAGCUCGUCCAACUAUGGCCCGAUCGUUGACAUAUUUGCUCCAGGAGAAGCCAUCACGUCCACGUGGACUAACGGAGGGACGAAUACCAUAUCGGGCACGUCGACGUCCGCUGCGUACAUUACGGGACUGGGCUGCUACCUCGCGGGCUUUGAAGGAAACCCCGGAGCGGAGCCGCUUUGCAAGCGCAUACAGGAGUUGGCCACGAAAGAUGUCAUCCAAAAUAUUCCGAAAGGUACACUGAAUUUGUUGGCAUUCAAUGGGAACCCAACGGGCUAG